AUGCCUAGUCAAAUACAAACAUUGAUCGGAAAGAUCAGGAGGAAGCCCACAUUAGCAAGCGAUGGCAGGACGGCAGAAGCAUCGAGUGGGAUGAAGAACCACCAGAAGACUGGCAUCGUCAGCGACAUUAGAGGUCUCGGUGUUAAGGAUGCCAAAUUCGCUCUCGACGCUAUUACGACCCUGGCGUCCGGCGAGCCUUUGGACGACAAGGAUCUUCUCCUCGAGAAGGGAGUCCAGAUGCUACAGGGACUGCCUUUGAACAGUGGUCUCAGUGCAAAGGUCUCAGACGGUUUUAUUAGCAUGCUCUGGAAUGACUUGCCACACCCAACGCCUACACAUGCCGGCCCUUCAGCAAGAUACCGGAAGCACGACGGCUCAGGAAACAAUCCUCACAACCCUGAAAUGGGCAAAGCGGGAUCGCCAUAUGCGCGCAACGUGCCUCCCACCAAACCGAAAGGACCAAACCUGCCCGACGUCGAAGACGUAUACGAGGCACUUUUAAAGCGCAAUGGGCCUUUCCGCGAGCAUCCAUCUGGACUUAAUCGCCUGUUCUUUUCUUUUGCAACUAUAGUCAUUCACGAAUGUUUCCAAACCUCUAGGACGAACCCUUGGAUCAACGAGACGUCGAGCUAUGUUGACCUCAGCACCCUGUAUGGCAACACAGAGAAAGAGCAGCCGCGCGUACGAACAUACAAGAAUGGCCUAAUAUACCCAGACUCAAUCGCUUCAGAGCGCAUUAUGAUGAUGCCUCCAGGUGUAGUCGCAGUACUUUUGAUGUUCUCAAGAAACCACAAUCAUGUCGCUGAGUCAUUACUGUCAGUGAAUGAGGACGGCAAAUACAAGUCCUGGGACAGCCUUGAUGAGGCAGGCAGGAAAUGGCAAGACGAGGACAUCUUCCAGAUUACGCGCAACAUUAACGUUGGAUUCUUCGCUUCGGUCGUGUUGAAGGACUACGUUGCUGCUAUUCUGAACACACCACGAGCCAAUUCAGAGUGGUCUCUCGAUCUUGGUAAAGAAAUUAAGCAAGGCGGUACACGUGUCGAGCGCGGGACCGGCAGCCAUGUAUCCGUCGAGUUCGCUGUUCUCUACCACUGGCACGCUGCUCUCAGCGCUGCGGACGAGAACUGGAUGGAGGACAUCAUCCGUUCCGUAUUCCCCGAUAUUCGUCACAUCGACGAUGUAACAAUCGAGAUGUUCCACAAGGUCAUGAAGGUCUACGGUCAUGACUUGAUGAGCAAGAAGCCUUGGGAGUGGACUUUCGGAGGCCUUGAGAGAGGAGCUGACGGCAAGUUCAACGACGCUCAGCUUUCCGAGUUAAUCAAAGACUGUAUCGAAGAGCCUGCUCACGCUUUUGGCGCCCACGGUACACCGGCCAGCCUCAAGGUUGUUGAUCUUAUGGGCCAGCUGCAAGCCCGUGAGAUGUUCAAUGUCUGCACACUCAAUGAGUUCCGUCGGUACCUUAAUCUGAAGCCGUACGAUACAUUUGAAGAUUGGUGCUCUGACAAGGAGACGGCACGAGCCGCUGAGCUCUUGUAUGGCCACAUGGAAAACAUGGAACUUUACCCAGGGUUGAUGGCCGAGUGCACGAAGCCUGCCAUGCCAGGUAGUGGUGUCUGUCCUGGUCAAACCACUGGUCGAGGUAUCUUGGAUGAUGCCGUCGCAUUGGUUCGCGGUGACCGUUUCUUGAGCUACGACUUUAAUAGUAAUACUCUUACGCAAUGGGGUGCGGCUUUGCUGGCAGAGACGACACCAGGAGCAUACGGCGGCGUGUUUCCCAAGCUGCUCUUCCAGGGGCUCCCAGGUGGAUUCAGAGGAACGUCCAGCUACGCGCUAUUACCCUUCUACACGCCUAAAGCGGCGAAAGAGAUUCUUACAGGCAAUAAGAUGGUUGAACAAUACGACCUCAGCCGCCCUCCGAGCGACUACGAUAUCAUCAGCGUCCAGACGCAAGAAGGUUGCAAGAAGGUGUUUGAGGAUCGUGAGAAUUUCGUUGUCAUGUACCAGGCAGCUAUUCGCAACUGUACUGCUGGGCAUGACUUCAUGAUCGGAUGGGACCAACAGAAGAAGCAUGACGAGAGGUCCAAUAUCUUGCACAAAGUUUUCUUCGAAGAGGGCUUUGAGAAGAACAUCAACGAGUUCUUCACAACCAACGUACGGAAGCUCAUUAAGCAGAAUUCGCUCAAAGGCGCCAAAGGCAGAAUGAGCAUCGACAUUGUUCGCGACGUUACGAACAUCACGCCAAUUCUUUGGCUGGCCGAGCGUUUUGCACUCCCACUGAAGACACAGGAGCAACCUAGAGGUUUGCUCUCUAUUCACGAAGCGUUCCUAGCGUACCUCGUUCUAUUCAUGUACCAAUCCUUCAACAUAAUGCCACACAAUGAGUGGAAACUACGAGCGGGCGCCAUGCAAGCUGCAGCACCCCUCCGCUCCAUCUUCGAAGCCCAUCUCAAGUCACAGACGGGACGUCUAGAAGGCCUGGUAGACUGGAUGGCCAAGGGCUCCGCCUUCGAAGUAGGUCCACACGCAGACCGCAUCUACCAUGCGCUUGCCGACACUAAGCUGCCCAUUGGCGACAUGGUGGGCGACUGCAUCGGCAUGGGCGCGCCCGUCGCUGGAAACCUAACCCAGCAAGCCAGUCUACUAAUCGACUUGUUCCUCUCUCCUGGGUACGAAAAGUACAAGGCUCGAAUUGUCGAGCUAUCGCACAUGGACCCCGCGACCUCGGACCGCGAACUCCAGGGUUUCGUCUACGAAGGAAUGCGCCACGUCGGUGUAGUUCCCGGACUCCCUCGCGUUGCAACCCGCGACAUCACCAUCAACGACGGCAUCCGUGGCCCCGUCUCCAUCAAGAAGGGCCACACGAUCCUCAUUGCCACAUCAAAAGCCGCCAUGGACCCCGUUGCGUUCCCCAACCCCGAGAUCCUGGAUCCGCACCGUUCAUUCAAGGAGUACACUUUACUCGGUCACGGCCUGCACUUUUGCUUCGGUGCCCGCCUCGUCGGCCCCUCUCUCGCCUCCACUCUACGCGAAGUCUUCAAGCUACCAAACGUACGUCGUGCGCCUGGUAAACAAGGUCGUUUCACUAUUACUGAGCAUAAACUCGCGGGUAUCACGAUGCGGCAUUAUCUCGAUUCUAGUUCAAAGGAGAGUCCUAUUCCCACGAGUUUGCGCCUUCACUACGAUAGUGAGGAUGUUGUUGCGACCGGGUUGAAUGGUCAUCUUACUAAUGGUCACACGGAUGGGCUAGCUAACGGACAUACAAACUAUGCUUCGAAUGGUCAUGCCAACGCAAAUGGCAACAAUGAGCAUGGGAAUGCGUAUACUAUUGCGCCUUAG